AUGACGACGACGACGGAUGGUCCAGUACCGAAAGCCAAUGCAAAUUUGCUGUCUACGGCACUUCCUGAGAAACGCAAUGGCAUUACUUUGACAAUUUUAGGAUGUGGGACUCUCGGCAUUGCGAUCCUAUCUGGUAUCCUAUCAUCUCUUGCUGAGCAACGUUCUCCCUCCUCAUCUGGUACGGCGACACCGUCUGAAGACCUUCCAUCACAAAUACCGAAUAAAUUUAUCGGCUGUGUUACCCGACCAGCCUCAGCUAAGCGGAUUGAAAAGGAACUUUCCCAUCUUACAGACUCCUUGACCGUACUUCAAAAUGGGAACAUCCGUGGCGUCAAGGAGGCAGAUGUCGUGCUUUUGGGAUGCAAGCCUUACAACCUCUCCACAGUGCUUCAAGAGGAGGGGAUGAAAGAAGCCCUCAAAGGCAAGUUCCUCAUUAGCAUACUGGCUGGUGUGCCUGUGUCACAGAUCGAGGAGACUAUAUAUGGUCCGGAAAGCAGCAAGACGUUGCCGCCGGACCCAGCAACAGAUGGUCGUUGUAGGAUCAUCCGGGUCAUGCCAAAUACGGCAGCCUUGAUCCGCGAAUCUAUGACUGUGAUUGCUACAUCCAACCCACCAUUACCUUCACAUCUCCAUACUCUUGUCACAUGGAUGUUCCAGCGCGUUGGUCGGGUUGUGACCUUACCACCAAGCCAAAUGGAUGCUUGUACAGCGCUCUGUGGAUCAGGCCCUGCUACAUUCGCUCUUGUCUUGGAAGCAAUUGCGGAUGGUGCCGUUGCCAUGGGUUUACCGCGAGCUGAGGCACAAUUUAUGGCUGCACAGACCAUGAGAGGGGCAUCCGGCUUGGUACUUAACGGGGAACACCCGGCUAUGGUUCGAGAGAAGGUGAGCACGCCAGGUGGCUGUACUAUUGGGGGGUUACUUGUCCUUGAGGAAGGGAGCCUUAGAGGAACGGUCGCGAGAAGUAUAAGGGAAGCUACGGUGGUAGCAUCCCAGCUUGGGAAAGGGAUGCAAGGAGUGAAUGGGACUAGAUUCUAA